CACACUGGCACCAGGGAUAGUUGCAUGAAGACCGCCUUUGAAAAUGAUCGCCUCCUUCACUUUCGUACGUUUUCUCCACACCUGGGCUCUGUGAUGGAGACUGCAGGAGGUAGCGGCGGUGGUGGAAGCAGGGACAGCAACAGGGGUUCCUACGAGCUGUACGAUGACCAGCGGGCACCCGGCAAGUUGGCAGGGGAGCCGCCCACCAACCGACCCAGCCCCAACGUCGGGCAGGCAGCACCAGGAUGCCCGGGCUCACUCUCCGAGUCUACUCAGAAGGUGGAGGAACUGGAACGCCAGCUGAUGGACAUGAAGCUACGGGAGGACAAGCUGCUGCAGAUCAUCAGCGACCUACGCUCGGCACACGGGGGUCAUACGUCCAAUAUAGCUUUAGACUCGGCUCCCUUCUUGAACAUGGAUGGUGCCACGGGAUCACCCUCGAGCGAGAGCGUUGGGGAGAAUGUCAAGGACGCUCGCAUGAAGUACCUGCAGCGUCAGGUGACCGUUCUACAGGCCAAUAUGUACAAGGCAGAGGGCUGGGGCCAAAGAGCCACUGAGGCGAUGAAGGAGCGGGACAAGGCGGUCGACGAGUGCCGUCUGACCUCUGGCCAGCUGGCCAAGGCGCUGCAGGAGAACGAGAGCCUGCGGCAAGAGCUGAGCAAGCUCAACGCCGGUUACCUGGAGCUGCAGCAGAAGCUGCGACUGACCAUGCAGGAACUGGACACAGAGAGCCGGCAUGAGCGCUGCCAGAGCCAGGCGGCCAAGCUGCAAGAGGAGGUGACCUCGCUUCGCUCGCAGUUCCUGGUGCUCAAGGAAUCGUCACUUCGUCUCUCCCAGGAGAACAAAGGUCUCCGAGAGCUCACGUCUAACUCGGGUCCGGGCAGCAGUCAGUCUCCCAUGUCCGGCAACUCUGCGUGCAGCCAGGAGCUGGAGUACCUGCACAGCGUAGUGGAUAUGCUCAAGACGACGGUGCUGGAGCAGAGGAACUUCCUGGUCAGCAUGAAAGUACCGCAGCAGUCGUUCAGCGGGCAGACGAGAAGACCUGCGCUGAACGGUCUCCACGACAACACCUCUCACCUGGGCCUGCAACUGACCAGGGAUCAGGUGGCGGCCAUGUCCAAGUCGGCGUCUGCAGCCCUCGGGUCAGAGUACCAACAAAUAGGCUCGCCGAUGGUUCCAAACUCAUCGAAAGCAGCCUCGUCCGUUCUUUCAAUGUUUUCUGGUCAGGGCGACACCCAGCAGCUCAGGGCGAAUGGUAUGCCUGUCAUGGAGGCGAGGUCCACUGCAGGAGGGAGCCACCGCGCUCUGGCUGACCCGAUCAGCUCGGCCCAGGGGGAACAAAACGUCCCCAAGUCUUUCACUGGCACGGCUCCGCUGGCUACUUCAGGACCUGGGGCUCAUGUGCAACGGCAACUGCAGGGGAGUUCACCGGUCAGCUCGCCGAUGGGCUCCAGUCACAAUAUGAAAAUGCAGCCGACGAAAACGACGGCCUCUACGAGAGAGCAGAGUCAGGCUGCUCAGGCAGCUCAGCUGGGCCGCAUUUCCGGGGGGAGUGGGGUCGUGCCCCAAAGCAGCGCCAGCAGCGUGGCGCAGAACGUGAAUGUGAAUGGAACGACGGACACUCUUCUGGCUGUUCCUUCGGGGAGGAAAAUAUCCUCGGAGAUUCUCGCGUACCGCCAGAGCCCCGACCAAGGUUUGAACAUUAAUCACGGCGGCAGCAAGUCGGACAUACUUCAACGGAACCAGAACAAACUGGCGACUGAGGGCAAGAAUUUUCCUAACUGGUUGUACAGCUCCACUUCAGGAUAUGGAUACCAACAAGGUUCUGCUCCUGGUGGCGGUGGCAGUGGUGGCAUAGGUCAGUUUCAGGCCACAGGGGCGGGAAAGAGCGCCCUCGCAGUGGCUGGCUUGUCUGGUCACUCCCCUGUGGCCUAUGAGGGGGCGAUGAUGCUCCCGGAGCAAGAGCAGGGUGUCCCCUCACCAAGACACAACGUGAGCUCAGCCGUGCAAACAGCCAGUAGCCAGGACCCUCAUGCUUCUGCUGUUGGUAACCACGCGGGAGGUGUGCCUCAGGGGUCUCAUCCAUCGGCGCAGCAACAGCACAUCUACCGACCACCCAUGCUGUUUGCGGACAACGCCUCGUCUCUACGCCUGGCCAAUGUGGACAUGAAGAGUGGCGGUCUGAUGGCGGCGACGCCUGGCUCAUCCUCUGCUGUGAGUGAUCAGAGACCACCUUCUCACUCGGGACUUGACAACGGUCAGAAAUUACAAGAGUGGCUCAGUGGCCCCACACCCGCAUCAGGCGGAGGUGGUCGGACGGGAAACAGAGACGGCCCUCCUAUUGGGGCCUCGCCUGCUGUGGCAUUUAACGGGGGCAGCUUCGAGUCGGCGGUGGAGCCGCCGCGAGCGCACCUGAACUCUGACCGGAUCUGUCCGGUGUGCAGCAAGGACUACAGCGAGGUGAGCAUGGAGGACUUCCAGACGCACGUCUUCGAGUGCUUCGACGACGAGAACACGCCGGAGACCAUGAGGCCAGAAGUGUCACUGGACCGCACCUGCCCGAUGUGUAACGGGAAGUUCAGCCAGGAGAUGAGCCAGCAGGAUUUUGAGGCCCAUGUACAUAGUCACUUUGGGGAGGAGGUCUUUACCCUGUUGCAGCCUUGAGUCUUUUUUAACCAUGGGUUUUCUCUUUUUUUAUAGUCGUUUCCAGCCCUGUCUGGCUCAUUUAAGGAACAUUCAAUCCCUUAAAGUCUGCUAUUAUCAUGCCAAGUCAUGUUUUCAAAAGCACAAGGCAGUAAUUCAGUUAAAAAGCAAGAAUGGCAAGUAUGGAAACAAAUUUAUAGUUUGCAAACUGCUUUCCUGGUAAUUCUUGUGUCCCUGAAAAAUAAUGGCAGAAAGCAUUUGCCUACUUGGCUCAACAGUGCAGUUUCUGAAAUAUAGCCGUCUAUGGCAAGUUGUAAGUUUCACACUUCAAUGUGAAUUUUCAACAAAAAUAAAUCCGUAGCAACUUGAAAGCCAGUAUCCAUUUACGCCAUAUAUACGAGUAAUGGAAGGGAUCCCGGCUGUUUUGAGAAGUCGUACCCGGUCAGAUGAUCAAAAUCUAGAAUUUAAAAAAUAGUUUUCAACAGGGCAGAGUAAUUUAUGUCAUUGAGCUCUAGAACCUGAAGGUCUGCUGAAAAGCUGUGACGGGCCCUUCAGCUUUACCAAAGAGCCAAGGAUAGCCCCUCGAAUAUGGCAGGGAUGGGGUUAUGAGAAGAUAUAAUAUUUUUUCAAAGCUGGAAGUGAAAAUCACACCAAGUCGUGCUGUUGUUGAAAGUCAAACUGAAAUCAGCUCAAGGUUCGAAAGUAAAAUGUUUAUCUUGCUAGAGCGUUCCAUUAAUGGAGGGAGAAACCGAAGUACCCUCUGAAAGGAACUGAGCCAGCGGUGAAGACAUCAAAUAUGGGAGGGAUGUACUGUACCAAUGUAAAAUGGUAAAAACAGGUCAUGGAACAUCUUCACUGACCUCUUCAUUUAAAAACAGCAGUGGAGUACGCUUAAACCGAAUAUGAUUAAUCUAAUAACAGCAGUAAACUGAAAGAAAAUACUAUCCUCAAUUCCCCCCCCCCUCCCCCCCUCUUUGUCUUUGUAAGGAAACUUAUCAUUAAGUUGAAAAGCUCCCAUUUUUAAAUGACGAAAAUAAUAUCAAGGGUUAUGUUGGUUAAAUCUUCACUAACCACCCUCGCAUGGUGUAAAUCAUCAAUUCUUACAUGCUUCAAGAUAGCUAGAGAGAUAUGAGAACGCAUGUACUGAUUGAGGCCCAGAGAGAAGCACUGCCUACUGUGUGCUGUCUGCCUAUGUUUGUCACACACAUUAGUGGGCCUACAAACUGUGUGUACAGGCCUACUAGUGAAGCACCGAUAGCCAAUGUCCGUGUAUUGCACGACCUUCAGUUGGUCAUGGCCUAUUUUUUCUCUGUAAAGUUCGUGCACGUAGCCCUUCAUAUGAGCACGUGACAGCAUGUGGUGUGACUGUGAUUCGUGAUGUCACUAGCGUUAAGAUUUCUCACUUCUCUAGACUAGUGCUGAGCACAGUACAGUGUGCUGGUCUGCUCUGUCAUUUGUCUCUUCUGUGCCACUGUUGGGCACAUUCAUCGAAAGCUUAUAGUUACAGCCAACAGCUCAAAUUGCAGUUGCUACUAAAAGAGGCAGAUGGGAGGAAGGGAAAAAACUUUCAAAAAGUGAAAUUUCGUCCUAACUCUACAGUCCUGCAGAUUUCGGUUUAAGUGCACUCCACUGUAUAUUAUAAUCAAUGUUUUUGUAUGGCUCAAACUAAAAGUAGGAGCUCUGUUUUUGUAAUAAUAUAAUCAUUCAGGUAUUUCAACACACCAACACUGCCACUUCUACUACUACUACUACUGCAGUGGAAAAAGCAGCCUCUGAUAGUCAUAUCUUUGCAAUGAUGAUUUAUGUGGGAAGAUCAGAU